AUGGUCGGUUCUCGGAUCAGAUCCGGCGCUGGUGUACUUUUCCCAUACGAGCCAACAUACUCAUCAGCCGUGUGUGUUGCCUCUGCCGCAGGGAGUGAAUGGCCUGUGGUCGCUGCUGACUCCGGUCGCGCGGCCGGUCAAUCUCGAUGCGCUUGAACGCAAGCGCCUUGCGAUCGAUGCCAGCAUCUGGCUGUACCAGUUCCAGAUGACCAUGCGCGACAAGAAGUCUGGUGAUGUGCUCAAGGGGGCCCACGUCAGUGAGUUCGAGCCGGCUCUCCGCUUGUUCACUGUUCACGGCUUCACCAUGGCCCCGGCUGACUUCACCUCGAUGACGUCGUGCACGCUUGCGGUGUCGCAGUGGGAACGUUUCGACGCAUCAUGAAGCUCAUCUACCACGGUAUCCGUCCCGUGUUUGUCUUCGAUGGGAAGGCGCCCAUGCUCAAGAUGCGAACGAUUGUACGUAGCUCUGCCCUCUGCCCGAGCGUCUGCAGGCAUCGCGCCUUCCGAGAGGUCUAGCUCAGCCUCGGCGUCUCUCCUUCAGGAUAAUCGUCGCAAGCGCAAGCAAGGUGCAGGUCGCAACGCUGCCAAGACGGCACAGCUGUUGCUCUCUGCCCAGCUGAGAGCUGCGGCAGCUGCGGCUGCCCUUCGAAGGUUGGUCGUGUUCUCGGUGUUGGUGCCUUUUCUCCGUGUUCUCGGUGUUGGCUUCGCUGAGCGCGAACUUCGUUGUGCCGACAGGCGGGGCCCAGACGAGGAUACCUUGAUGGACACGAGCGCGGCAUCGACAUCCGGCAAUGCCUGUACAGCGCAGAAACUCAGCUUUGAUCGUGACACGGGUGAACGGAUCGAUGAACACACGACCUAUUUGGAGGAUCUUGAAGCCGGCAUCGGUCCAAGUUCGAGUCGGCCCCCGCACACGCUACCCAAGACUCCGAGUCGUUCGGCAGGUCCUACAAAGACGGAUACCGCUUCGGCUCGCAAGAAACACGUCUUGCGCGAUGAGUACGCCUUGCCCGAAAUCGCAGGCUCGCUCCACUCUCGCAUCAAACCAACCGACGUCCGACUGGCGACGGAGGCCGAACAGCGCGAAUUCCUCAACGAAAUGAGGCCCGAAUUCUUCGAUUCUGCAGACUUCGCCAGCCUUUCGACGCAGCUCAAGUACGAGAUCAUUGGCGAACAACGGCUCAAGUCACGACAAGUCAAUCACCGACGAGUUCAAGAGAUGAAGACGCUUCCAUCCGCUCUCGACUUCUCCCAGAGUCAGAUCGCAAAUCUUGUUGUCCGCAACCAGUACACGCAAAAGCUGUUUCAGGUCACGGACGAACUUGGACAAGCCGCGAUUCAAAUUCCAACGCGUAUUGCGGGCGAGCGUAAUCGAAUGUACCAGUUGAUCAAGCAGGACCCGAGCAAAGGCACGGGCUACGUGCUCGCUGUGCAGAAUCCCGAGCUCACCAAGGACACCCCGAUCGUAAUUGACACCACUACUGACGAGAGCAGCGAUGGCACCGAUUCGGAUGAGUUUGAAGAAGUAGGAAUUGCCAAAUAGUUCGUCCGCGGCUCCUUCCCCGUCCGAGCGAGCACAGCUAAUCCUUUUCGAACAGCCAUCCCAAGCGAUCCGACGUCAACGAGGUGACUCGGCAAGCCGAGGUUCUAGAGCUACUUCGUGCGAGGCACGAAAUGAAGCGACCUCCAGUUGAGAUCGAUCCCUACCUUGAUGUGGUCCCGGUCGAAGGAAUUAAAUCUCUGUUUGGGCACGAUCGGAACCCACCUAGCCCAGUGCACUCGAGCCAUUCGAUCAACGAAGACGAGGGCAUCCAAGCCGCCAUCCACGAGUCGACACUGGCACCUCAGCAUCUCGAGUCCGCCGACUUCCCCGGAAGUCUCAAAGAGGGUCAUUCCGCUCCGGCUCAGACUGUCGGCAAGUGUCCUACUGUCAGCAAGCAUCCUACUGUCAGCAAGUGGCUUCCCCGGAUCGACGAUGACGGCGAUAGCGAUUCGGCCCACGAAGCCGAAGAUGGGCAAACAGUCCAAGAGACUGCCCCACGUCAAGUGAUCUCAGCACGCAGCGAAUCAAGUGACUCUGAUUAUCUCGAGGAGAUAGAGAUCAUGCGCUCGUAAGUCGACUUGCCGCGUCCUGCUUCGGUUGAAUGCGUGCCUGAUGUUGCUAUCGGAAUGUAUACGCAGGGACUUCGUUUCCAAGAGCGAGGUAAAGCCCGACGCCUCCUCGACCUCCGCAGGCUCUCGUAGAUCCACUUCACCACUGGUGGAACCAUCGCCCGUGGCCAGCGUGCCUCGCACUCCCCCACCGACUGCACCCACAGGUGAAACGCCGUCACUUGUUUUGGACCCGACGGCUCCUGAAUUCGUUUGGACGACGAGCCCAGCGGCUGCAAGGACGCCCAGCCCUUCGGUGCCAACAACUUCGACCAGAAUAUCGCAGGGUGGCAUUGAAGAGGAAGCUCUUUUGAACGAAAUCGAAGCGGACGGAGCGCGCAAUGGUGAUCCUUCAUCCGAGAGAGACUCGACACUCUCGGGCAGCGCCUUCGCCAUUGUCGCGGGCAGUUUGAACGCAACCUCGGCGCCCGUGCUCGAAGCUUUAACACCGGAUAGGAAUGGUAUGGGUCUUCCUCAGGGCUCUUCGUUCUCCGAACAUCCAGCGAAUGUCCCAGAGGCUGUGACGCCACCGCAACAGGACGACUCGGAAAACUCGGUCGAAGAGUUUCUAGAAUGGGAAAGAAGUCCAACGCCCCCUCGCCUGGCGGCUGACGCUGUUGAAGCCUCGGAAUCCUCCCGAGCCAGUGAAACACCUCACCUUGAGCACAAGGUCAAUGAGGACGAAGGCGUCACUGGCGAUUCAAGCGGUGAUCGCUCUGACGACGACCACAAUGAGGAAGGCGAGGUGAUUGCGAACCUUCGCCGCGAGCAAGCGCAAUACGCGGACAUACUCUCACAGCUCAAGAACCGACGCAUCGAGGACAUGCACGAUGAGGCCCAGGCCGAUAUUGCCUCGCUAUCAGCGCAACGCAAUGUCGACCAAAGGAAUGCCGAUGGGAUCAGUCGGCAGAUGGAGAAUGACAUCAAAGUGGGUGCCACCAUGUACGGCCCUUCAAGAGGAAGCUGAACGCUGAUUAACGACGCUCUGCCGCGACACGUGCAGGAGCUGCUCUCUCUGUUUGGUCUGCCUUUCGUCGAUGCUCCUCAAGAGGCUGAAGCCGAGUGCGCGGACCUACUCUCGCGUAAACUCGUGGAUGGCAUCGUCACCGAUGACUCGGAUGUGUUUCUUUUCGGAGGGGCGAGCAUUUAUCGCAACAUGUUCAACGAUGACAAGUUUAUUGAAUGCUACCUUUUGGCCGACCUCGAUCGUGAGCUCGGACUCGAUCGCAAAAAGCUCGUCCGACUGGCGCAUCUGCUGGGCAGCGAUUACACCGAAGGUCUGCCCGGCGUGGGCCCAGUUCUGGGACGCGAACUUCUGGAGGAGUUCCCCGGCGAUGACGGGCUUUCCGACUUCAAGAAGUGGUGGACGAAGGUCCAGAGCGGCAGAGAUGGCCCCGAAGACACGUCUAAUGCUUGGAGGCGCAAAUUUGUACGUGCUCAUCGCUUUCACAGCGCAAAUCGCAUUUGAAUCCGCUUGCCCCCGAUAUUGGUAUUGACUCAUGGCUCCUUGCAGAAAAAAGGACACAAGGAUCUCGUUCUGGAAGAAAGCUGGCCCACCUCGGCAAUCGUGAGUCGUGGGACGCUCUCACCCAUGGUUUGGUAUUCACUGACGCCCUUUGAUCAUGUCCGCUCACAGGCCAAAGCCUAUCUCGCCCCGGUCGUGAGCGGUGAUGAUGAGCCUUUCGAGUGGGGCUCGAUCGAUUUGGAUGGCAUUAGGGCGUGAGCGUUUUUCAUCGUGAAAAUGGGUCCACAGGGGAAAAAAUUGCCCACACCUGCUCAUACCUCUACGACGUGCAGAUUCCUUGCUCGCAAUCUAUCUUGGGGCCCUGAAAAGGUCAAUGGCAUCAUGCUCCCUCUACUGAGUCGUCAGAAGGCGCGAUCCGACGGUACUUUGAAGCGUCAAGGCUUCAUCUCAGAAUUGUGAGUGCCUUUGGCGCAAGAUCAAUCCAUUCUGUUCACUGUCCUAAUGAGUGAGUCGCUACGGUACUUCCGGGUUUGCAGCUUCGAUGUCAGUGUCGGCACUGGCCCACUCCAAAGGCAACACCGUCGCGGUUAUGCGAGUUCUCGACUCCAAUCCGUGCUUGAUGUAAGCGGCAACAUCCGAGACUUUUUGGUGCGACUCGGGAUCGACCGGUACUGAACCUUGGAUCCUCAAUUUGCAGCAACACCGAGCCAAGACGCUGAAGAAGGAUACCUCCAAGGUCAAAGCUGAGCCUGAAGCCUCCACGUCAGAGAUCCCGUCAUCCGCGACUCCGAACGAGAUACCGAAUCAGACCGGUACGCCAAGGAAGAAGCGCAAGACUUGAGCUGCCGGUGGUGCGCAGAGAAAGAAGCGCGCUCGCAAAGCGGCAUUAUUCCUCGAUGAUGAUGCCGAGGAUGCUGCGGAUGAAGAAGCAGAAACGGGCCCUGCUGUCUCCAAACGCCUUCCGCGCCGUAAAGCGACCAAGACCCCAGCAGCGGAGAUUGUUGAUUCGGACGACGACAACGGUCAAGAGGCUGCGUAG